GUGCGUCGACUCUCCGUGCUCUCAGUCCUGAGCCCGAUUCGCAGGCAGGAGUAAUCGUUCUUCUUUCUUGGCCCCCAGAGUCAGCAAGCUCAAAAUUUUCCCGAGUGUGCGAGAGCAUCGGCAGCGUUAAACGGCAGUAGAAAAGACGGCAAUUCUCGUAGUCGUCGUAAUCGUUCACUUUUAAUUCUGUAUUUGCGUAUAUAUCUCUGGUCUUUUGCGUCUAUUAUUCGCGGCACAAAUCGUGCAAGUAGCGCGCGCGCUAAAAUAUAACGCGCCGUCCGAGACGACUUGAACGUACAGCCGCUCACUGACGUUGGAGCAAACCGGAGUGAGAAAGCCACGAUAAUCCGCUGGAGACGGUAUCAACGACAAAAGAAACAAAAUGUCGGACAGAAAAGCAGUAAUUAAAAAUGCUGAUAUGUCAGAGGAGAUGCAGCAAGAUGCUGUUGAUUGUGCAACGCAAGCAUUGGAGAAAUUUAACAUAGAAAAGGAUAUAGCUGCAUUUAUCAAGAAAGAAUUUGAUAAGAAAUACAACCCGACGUGGCAUUGUAUUGUAGGACGUAAUUUUGGUAGCUACGUGACGCAUGAAACAAGACAUUUUAUCUAUUUCUACCUUGGUCAGAAGUUCAAAGAUGAGCUACUUUUUAUAUGAGUAGCAAACGUGUUCAGCAGCGCUCGAAAAUAAAAAAUUACAGAAAAAGAAUCAAGAAUUUAUCACUGAAAGUAGAUACGACCUGAUAUACUGUGUUUCUCUUUCUAUUUAUUUAUUGUACAUUUAUUCUAGCAAAUUUAUUGACGCAUACAUAGUGCAUACAUAAAUGUAACAUAAAACGCUGUAUUUCUACAAUGUUAUAAUAUGAUGUAAGUUAUACUUUCGCUAUUUGCUACAUAUGAGAUUAGUUCAAGGAGUAUAUCGCCAGUAACAUCCAAUACAAAUUGUCGAUAAUAGAUUCUAACAAAAUGAUUUUGUAUAUUGUGCACGUUUAAUCGAAGAAAUUAUUAUUAUGCUGUGUUAGACAACGACUAUCUCUCACUAUUAGUUCAUUUGGCAAAACUUGAGCAGCUGCUUCCAAGAAUGUGUUCUCAUGAAACCAAAACAGUGCAUAAUAUCGGAAAUAAACUUUUUCGUACAUCCCGAAGAGACAAGUCAAUAAGUGAAGAGUAAAAUCUUGGCACAACGUCUCUAUAUUUUUGUUUGAGUUCGAACUCGAUAGGCUGCGGAAAAUCUUGUACCUGUCAUCAAAAUUUCAAGAGGUACUUUCAUGAUCGAGUCUGCAUGCAGAAGAGAUGCGGUAAAAGCAAAUGAGUAUUAUUAUGCUUAGCAAUAAAACAAAUCAGUUCUACACAAGAGAAGUGACGUACUUUCUUCUGCAGGACUAUAAUGUAUAUAUGUGGGAUAAAAACAUUACGCUGUUAUAAGUGAGAAUAUUGAAUGUCAUGAGGUCGAAUUUUCCCUAAAAUUAACGACAUUGAAAUAGCUCAAGGGAAAUGAAUUGAGGGGUGCGCACGCACGUGGGCGAUCUUUACGAGAAUAUCAAUAUUGCGUGUUCUCUCGAUAAAAUUUAACUUUGUUACUCACAGAAAGUGGCGGGACUGUAACUACUUGUUAUGCUCUUCAUAAUUUGCGUAACUUUUAGCUGGUGUAUUUCAUUUCCACCUCUAACAGACUGUAUACUCUAUGUACCCUGCGCUUUUGCAAUGUUAAGCACACAUAUGUUUCUAAGCGUACAUAGAAUUGCAUACAUGUAUGGAAGCAAUAUAUCUGCUUCCUCCUUCAAUAACAAUCAUUUUCUAACUGUUACAUA